UGUAAAAUUUUAACUUAAAAAUCAUUAAAAUUUUACCAGACAGAUUGCUAUAAUUCAUCAUUAACUGGAGGUCAAUAGCAAAAUCUUAUGGAGACCUCAUUUCCUUCUUCUUCAGUAAAAUGUAUUUAGUAGGCAUUUGGCACAUGAUACUGUAGGAAAUCUUUAUUACAUAUUGUAUCUUUUGCUUGCAUUUACAGAAUUUUAUACAGUACUUUGGUUUUACAGCAAUAAUAUCAAAUAAAAUGAGAGUUCCUAUAUAUAAAUGAAUUUUCCGUCAUAUUCAAAAAUUGUGCUAUUUAAGUCAAUGUGAUUUAUGUUGAACUAAAGUAGAAAGAAGGAAAAUUGUGCGAUAUGCUGUAUUUUCUUUUUUGCUUUCUUUUGACUGCAUUCUUUUCCAAUGAAGGUCAACACAGAGAAGGAAGAUAAAUCUAUUAUGGCUAUUCCCAUAGCAGUUAUUGAUUGUGACCUCUUGCUAUAUGGACGUGGACAUAGGACACUGGAUCGCUUCAAGCUGGAGGAUGUUACUGAUGAAUAUCUUGUAUCUAUGUAUGGAUUUCCACGUCAGUUCAUUUAUCAUUUGGUGGAUCUUCUAGGGGCCAAUCUUUCUCGUCCGACUCAACGAUCCAGGGCCAUCAGCCCAGAAACACAGAUUCUCGCUGCAUUAGGUUUUUACACUUCUGGUUCAUUUCAGACUCGCAUGGGAGAUGCCAUUGGCAUUAGCCAAGCAUCUAUGAGUCGCUGUGUUGCCAAUGUUACUGAUGCCUUGGUGGAAAGAGCCUCUCAGUUUAUUCAUUUCCCAGAGGAUGAAGUGGCAAUACAACUUACGAAAGAUGAUUUUUAUGGGCUGGCAGGUAUGCCAGGUGUACUAGGAUUGGUUGAUUGUAAUCAUGUAGCAAUAAAGGCACCCAAUGCUGAGGAUUUAUCGUAUGUGAAUCGGAAGGGCCUUCAUUCUUUAAAUUGUCUGAUGGUGUGUAAUGCCAGGGGAAGGCUGCUAAGUGCGGAAACACACUGGCCAGGAAGCCUGCAGGACUGCACUGUGCUUCAGCAGUCGGCUCUAAGAAACCAAUUUGAAGCUGGUAUGCAGAAAGAUGGCUGGCUACUUGGUGAUAGUUCUUUCUUUCUUCGCACCUGGCUAAUGACUCCUCUGCAUAUUCCUGAAACACCUGCAGAGUACAGAUAUAAUUUGGCACAUUCAGCAACUCAUAAUAUUAUUGAACGAACAUUCAGAACACUCCAGGCUCGGUUCCGUUGUUUGGAUGGAUCAAAAGGGACAUUACAAUAUUCUCCAGAAAAAGCAGGAAACAUCAUCCUUGCUUGCUGCGUUCUUCAUAAUAUCUCUUUGGAGCAUGGGAUGGAUAUAUGGUCUUCCUCAUAUUCAGAACAAGUGGAACAUCCAGAGGAAGAAUAUGAGCAUAUGGAAUCUCUUGACUCUGAAGCUGACAGAGUUCGCCAGGAAUUAUUGCUUACACAUUUUGGUUAACCACAUUUGAGAAUAUCAUGUUGGUUUUAAGAAAAAAAGAUAGAAGGAAAUAUAGUUUGAGGAUUUUUUAAAUAGAAUUUGCCAAGAGGAUAAUAUUAUUUAUCAGUAUUUUGCAAAAAUAACAUUGAAUGUGUCUAUCUCUAAGUAUUUUGAUUCUAUUGUACAUGUUGCAUCUAUGAAAUACAUGGUUGUCUUCAGUGUCCAUCUUUAUUAAAAAUAAUUAAAUAUGUACAG